UAUUAAAUCUAUUCAAUUAUAGAGAAUAUCCAGAAAGUCCACACACACUGUUGACUGAUUGAUUGACUGAUUAAUUGACUGAUUGAUUGAUUGAUUGAGUCAUUCAGACAGGUGAAUCAGAUUAUUCUUAAUUAGAUCACGUGAGCUUGAGCCUGCAGCACAGUGGGCCUUCAGGCCAGGAGUGGAAAAUCACAGGAACUCAUAUUCUUUUGCAAAUGAAUCCCCCAGAAAGAACGAGCUGUUCAUGAAUCACUCGCCACGACUCCGAGGAAUCGAGCUACAUGGUCGAUUCAGACAAGUUUUAAUCGCCUUGACAAACAGAAGUGCAGCUGAAAUUUCAGUUUCGAAACUUCACUGAGGGAUGGACUCUUGCAAGCCAGAGCUGAUUGUGGUUACAGGGUUUGGUCCAUUCCGACAACACUUGGUAAAUCCAAGCUGGGAAGCAGUUAAGGGUUUAAAGAGAAUGGGCCUUGGAGACAACAUUGAGAUUCACAUUGUAGAGAUUCCUGUGUGUUACUCAAAAGCUCACCAAGCUAUUGCUGAAUUAUGGCACAAUCUGAAACCAAAGGUUGCUAUCCAUGUGGGCAUAGCCUCAGGAACCAAAUGCAUUAUUCUGGAACAAACAGGCAAGAACAGUGGCUAUAAGGACAGAGAUGUGUGUGGCAUUUGUCCAGCUGAUAACUGCUGUAUUCGAGGAGGAGCAGAACGGUUGGACUCCAUUAUAGACAUGAGGUCAAUUGCCAAGCACUUGAAAGGGCUUGGACUGGAUGUGAUCUACUCUAGGGAUGCUGGGAGGUACCUGUGUGAUUUUGUAUACUAUCUCUCCCUCAAUUAUGGGCAGAGGAGAGCAGCACUCAUCCAUGUGCCUGCCUGUGGCAGUCUGGCAAGCCCAGAAAGACUGGUGCCUCAGCUCCAGACCAUUAUCCAGGUCAUGUUAUGCCAGCUUGACACACAAAGGAUCUGACCUGCAGCAUCCGAAUGCAGAUGUAGCCAACAACACAUGAAGAAUUAACUAGACUAUUUAAGCACUAUUUAAAAAACACCUGAAUGUAUUAAUAAAGACAAUAAGUAAAACUCAA